CCGCAGCUUUUAGUACUUGAUUAAUUUCAUUCUGAAUUAAGUUUCAUCGGACGGAAGACUCCGUUUACCGUCAUAUCUUUAAGUACUUACCUAUUCGUUCGAACCAAAUUCUUAAUUUACCAGUAUCAAGUAUAAUCGUAAAUACUUAUAAUUACAUGUCUAUACAGAUGCGCUGAUGAUAUUUUGGAGUCCCAGGGCAGAAGUAGCUCUAAUACCAGUAACACUGUCAAUGAUACAUCAGUGUGGUGCAGAAAUCCCUCCCCGUGUUCCGAAUGGAUUUAUGAUGACCCUAACAGUUUUGUGGCUGAGAUUCGGAAGAAAAUAUUUAAUAAUUGUAACAGGCAUAGCAGGCGCAGUUUUGGGGACCAUCAAGACUUUCGUGUCAUCAUAUUGGUGUUACGUAGCACUUGAGUUAUUAGAAGCUGCAUUUGGAGAUUUUUGCUCGCCAUUAUGCAUGCUAGCUCUUGAAAUGGUGGCAACGAGAUCGCGUGUUACAUUCACAACUAUAUGUAAUAUGGGUUUCGGAAUAGGGGGAAUGGUGCUGCCUCUGCUUGCCUGGCUUAUCCCUUACUGGCGGACUUUACUGAGAGCGAUGUAUAUUCCAGGGCUACUUUCCAUAUUCCUAGUCUGUUUGCUAGAUGAAAGCCCCAGAUGGCUUCUGGUCAAAGGAAAGAAAUCAGCAGCACUAGAGAUUAUACGUAACGCUGCCAAGAUUAAUAAAAUAGAAAUAAAAGAAAAUCUUAACUUGAUAUCUUCCGAAACGAAUAACAAAUCCAGUUUCGUCGCCGCAUUAAGAGACACUUUAAAAUCGAAGUCUAUAUUGAAACGAGUUUUCGUUUGUAUCGUGUGGUGGAUCACAUGUACUCUUGUUAACUACGGAAUGUCUUUUAAUUCAGUGAUAUUGGAAGGAAACAAAUAUGUAAAUUUCACAAUCUCUUCGGCCAUGGACAUCUUAAGCUUUAUUUUGGGAGCAUACAUUCUUAAGAAAUUUAACAGGACAGGUCCUUUGGUAAUAUCCUUCGUCGCUAGCGCCAUCUUUUGUACUGGGCAACCAUUUAUACCAAACAACCUUCUGUGGCUUGUGAAUUCAACGUACAUGGCAGGAAAACUAAUGGCGUCUAUAGCCUUCAAUACAGUUUACAUUUUUACAUCGGAAUUGUUCCCCACUAACACAAGGAACUCAAUGCAUGCACUCUGCUCGUCUAUUGGCCGAAUUGGUUCUAUAAUAGCACCGCAAUUGCCUUUGCUGAUGGUGUAUUGGACUGGUAUUCCAAACGUGAUAUUUGGGGCCGUGUCCCUGGUGGCAGGGUUGUUAACGCUUCUCAUACCAGACAUGGCAGACCGCAACCUGCCAGAUACGGUCGGGCAGGCCGAGGCUCUUGAAGUUGGAACUGAGAGAGUUAGAGAGAGAAGAAUCGCGCCGGGAAAUAAAUGCUGUAAACACCGCAUGAGGACUGAUUGCACAAGUUUAUAAGAAAACUAUAGGUGGUAUUGUUAAUCCCCGAUUCAACUCGAUCAGGAUCAAUGUUCAAUACAUAAAAUCAAGACGUGUCUAUUACAUAACGAGUUUUUUAUAUAUCAAUCUUAGAAUAUUGAAAUUUUAAAUUAUUCAAUAUAAUGUAUUUGUUUUUUUUUUUUUUUCAAUUUCAUUAUUCUUUGUUUUUAGUGUGACCUGUCCUAAUGAUACCAUUUGAGUCUGCCAAGUACACAUAACGCUACAUUCUCAGUAUAACAAGUAUUCAUAGUCAUACCAUGUCUAUUAGUCUUGUUGACACUAGAAACAAAGGACACGCUCUAACACGGCCUCCGUAGUCUAGUUGGUAAUGACCCUGCCUAUGAAGAUGGAAGUGCCGGGUUCGAAACCCGGGCCCUUCACGGCAUUUAUUUGUAUGUUUAUAACCGUGAUAAACACACAGAACUAUCUACAACCUAAGACAGAUUUAUAAUCAGCGCUCUUAUACCACACAGAAAUAAUCUUCAAGCACCAAGUCUUAUGUCAAUGUUAUUGGCAUUGGUUACGCCAGCAGAGAAUUACGUCUUAAAAAUAAAUUUGCAGGCGACGUCAGCGCAGUAGUGUGCACAAAGGACUCCUUUCUCGGGACAUAUUUGUUACACGUCACCCUAUUCAGGCAUCUUCCACGUGAAUUUUAAAAGGGAUAUUAUCAAGGUGUAAAAAUGUAUGUCGUUUUCAUACAUUACAUAUUCAUUUCUUAAUAUAGUAAUACAGAUGUUAUACUUUAAACACAAGUGCACGUAAGUAAUGGAGGAAAUUAUUUUUAGAAUUAAAAACGUACGCGAACAGGAAAAAAUACAAUAAUUCGGUAGCUUAUUCUGUAAAUAUAAUAUUUCUUCAUAGAAAAAGAGGUUGGAGAACAAAAUACGUAAUUACUUAAACCACAAAUAAAAAUACAAAAUGAAGAAUUCAACUGCUGUUUUGAUCUCAAAAUUUACGAAAAAUGUGAGUUGCGUUCGCUUCGAAAAAGGUAAUUAAGGAAUAUGAGCAAUUGCUUCGAUUACAAUACGUUGUUUAGUUUAAGGUGGAUUUCGUUAAGGUGGUUAUAAAUUUAAAUUAACAUUGUUUAUUUGCACUGUUCAAACAGAUACCCACAACAAAUGGCAAUAAUGUAUACAGCAGAUAGCAAAUAUGAGAUAUUGGCGAGGGUCCAAAGCCAGGAGGUGACGAAAGAGGGCGCCUAAUAGCCCUCAGCCCAUUAGGAAUACGGACCAAGUUAUGGUUCCCUACUCUCUAGAACUCACACAGUAGAAUUUCUAUCACCAGUAUUUGAACAUUUUAAGCCAAUUUUA